UAAUUACGUUAAGCAUUCCACGUAACUUUGUUUUUACUCAUCAGUUUAACAUUUCAGGAGAAUUUUUCUAUAGUAUUUAACUAACUUUAUCAAGACUAUGCAUGAAUAUUUUAUUUUAACACCGAUCAAUUUUUGACAUCCACAUUCUUCAAAGUUCAACUUGUAAUUUGUUAAGUUGCAGUUGUAAGUUAACUGGUAGUGGUACUGGUAUACCAGUGAAGUUCUUCUUUACCUCCAUCGUAUAACUAUAGUUACGUAACUAUUUCAGUAUUUGUAUGUUACUUUAUGACAGUAGCACAUUAUGUAUGAGCAUAACUGGACCUUCCUGGGUUAACUCGCUUGAAUAGUUAGAAAAACAACAACAAAAAACUGGUGCUUGUAAAUAAAUUCAUUCUAAAAGUAUAUAAUUAUAAAUUCCAAAACUAUGAUAGUUAAUCAGGCUCUAAGAUUUUGUUCUUCUGCAAGUUCUGGUAUUCGUAGUACCAGAACUGGUAUUCUCAUGAAUAACAUGUUUAAUUUCCAAGGGGUUGGAAGUUAUUUCAAAUUUCUAAUGGACCAAGGGAAUGUUCCUCGACAUGUUAUGCCAUGGUCUUAUUGUGUGUGUGAACCAAAAAUGAAAUAUAUCUUGGUAACUGGGGGAGUCAUCAGUGGUAUUGGUAAAGGAGUGAUAGCAAGUAGUAUUGGUACACUUUUGAAGUCCUGCGGUCUCCAUGUAACAGCCAUAAAAAUUGACCCAUACAUCAACAUUGAUGCUGGAACAUUUUCCCCAUAUGAACAUGGUGAGGUAUUUGUAUUAGACGAUGGUGGAGAAGUGGAUUUGGAUCUUGGAAACUAUGAAAGGUUUCUUGAUAUCACACUACAUAAAGAAAACAACAUAACAACUGGAAAGAUAUAUGAACAUGUAAUAAAGAAAGAAAGAAGGGGAGAUUAUCUUGGCAAAACAGUUCAGGUUGUGCCUCACAUUACAGAUGCAAUCCAAGAAUGGGUUGAGAGAGUUGCACAAGUAGCAGUUACUCCAGAUGAUCAAACACCAGAAGUGUGCAUUAUAGAACUUGGAGGUACUAUAGGGGAUAUUGAAGGAAUGCCAUUUGUGGAAGCCUUUAGACAGUUUCAGUUCCGUGUCAAACGAGAGAACUUUUGUUGUGUACACGUCAGUCUCGUUCCUCAGCCAAAGGCAACAGGUGAGCAUAAAACAAAACCAACACAAGCCAGUGUUCGUGAACUACGUGGUUUAGGCCUAUCCCCCGAUUUGAUUGCAUGUAGAAGUGAACAUCCUGUUACUGAUGGAGUGAAAGAAAAGAUUUCAAAUUUUUGUCAUGUUGUGCCAAAUCAGGUGAUAUGUAUUCAUGAUGUCCCAUCAAUCUACCAUGUUCCAUUGCUUAUGCAUAAUCAGGGACUUACAGAGCUUUUCAUUAAAAGACUGCAGCUAAAUCUUCCCGAGAAGCGACCUCGACGAUUCCUGUCAAAAUGGCAAGACCUUGUGGAUCGAGUUGACCAUUUAGUAAAAGAAGUGACGAUAACUCUUGUUGGAAAGUACACCCAAUUUGAAGAUUCGUAUGCUUCAGUGAACAAGGCCCUGCACCAUGCUUCACUAACAUGCAACUAUAAGUUAAACCUAAAUUAUAUUGAAGCAACUGACCUAGAAGCCAGAAUGCAAGAAGAAAAUCCUGUGCAAUUUCAUGAAGCUUGGCAGCAAUUGUGCAAAUCAGAUGGCUUGCUAGUUCCCGGAGGUUUUGGUAUCCGUGGAAUUGAAGGAAGUAACUGCCAUUGAUGGCAAGAAGGAAAUAAAAACCUUAUUUAGGUGUUUGUCUUGGCUUUCAAUGUGCGGUGAUAGAAUUUGCUCGCAAUGUCCUGGGUUGGAAAGAUGCUAAUUCCACUGAGGUUAACCCUGACACUCCUUAUCCUGUGGUUAUUGAUAUGCCAGAACACAAUCCUGGUCACAUGGGAGGAACAAUGCGUCUGGGUAAACGUCAGACUGUUUUUCAAUCUGGUGAUAGUGUGUU